CUUGGGAAAGGUCGACGGUUUAUUCGUUUAACGAUAAUGGAGCAGGUUUCUGUGACGCCAUCAGACAUUACAGGCAUUACAGAGUCAUUGAACGCAACUGAGACGUUCAAUUGCGGGGCGCUGCAGGCAAACAGCGAAGAGAAGGGUGACGUUUUAACUGAGGAAAUGGUGUCUGGAGGGAUAUCCCAUCUUGGAUGUGAUCUGACCGGGCAACACCACGUGCUAUGCAGCCUAUCCCUUCCUAGUCUUAAUCUCAGAGACAUAUCUGUGUUGUGCAACUAUGUCCGUCUUCAGAAGUUAGAACUGCCACACAACAACAUAAAAGACGUAUCCUGCUUGAGCCACAUGCCCCAACUUGUCAUCUUGGACGUGUCUCACAAUGAAAUCUCCGACUUCUUUGAAUUCCAGCCACUCCAAUGCCUACAGGUGGCCAAUUUCUCCCAUAACCACAUACCAGACAUCAAGGAUCUCAAAGGCUUUUCGUGCCUACGCAAGCUGGAUCUGGACUACAACUGCCUCUCUGAAAUCGGUGGUCUUGAACAAUGUUCAAUGCUCAGCCACCUCAGCCUGGCUCACAACAAAAUCACAAAAAUCAGCCGCCUGGCCCGUCUGCCUAUAACACAUCUCUGCCUGAGGGGAAACCAGCUCAAGGGUGCUGAAGGGUUGGAGAACUUACAGAGCCUGCAGGUUCUUGAUUUGUCUAUGAAUCACAUCAGCACUCUUUCAGGCCUCCAGGACCUUCGCUUUCUCUGCUCCCUCAACCUGGAGAAAAACCAGAUUUCCAAAGUUCCAGAUUUAAACCCAGUUGUUGGGCUACCACUGCUGAUGAACAUCAACCUGCUGGGAAACCCUGUGCAGGAGCAGCCUGACUACAGACAGACAGUCAUCUUCCUCCACCAACAUUUGACAGUACUAGACCAAGAGCCAGUCAGCGUUAAAGAAAAGGUGUCUUCAGUGAACAUAUUUGACCCUCCCAUGGAUUUAUUAGCCGCAAUAGAUCACAUGACACACUUAGUUUAUCAGAUGGGACAGCCACAGGUCCUCUAUCACAGUACACCACCUACUGCAGACGUCCCCUACCCAAUGCUGGUGCUGACGGGCCCUGAAGGAUGUGGGAAGGAAGAGCUGGUUCACAGACUGUGUCAGGAGUUUGGUGAAUACUUUGGUGUUGGAAUUUGUCACACUACACGGAAAGCCAACGUAGGAGAGGAGAAUGGGAUUGAUUAUCAUUUUGUCAGUGAAGAGGACUUUCAGAACUUGGUUCGCUUGGGUAAGUUUGUCCAGACCACGCAGCAUGGAGGCCAUCUGUUCGGCCUCACCAGGGAUGCUAUAGAGGAUGUAGCUGAAGAAGGACUGGUUUGUUGCGUACACAUGGAGCUGGAGGGUGUUUUUAGUCUGAAGAAGAGCUGUUUUGAGCCUCGGUACAUCCUGCUCAUGCCCACCCGGGUGGAGAAGUUCGUAAGCCACCUGAAACGCCUUAAACUCUAUACCCCAGCUCAGAUUGACCAUGCAGUGCAACGUGUGGCCCUCUAUUCAAACACCUGUGAGCAACGGCCGAGAUUCUUCGAUGACAUUAUUCCAUGUGAUGACUGCGAAGAAGCUUACCAGACCUUGCAGCAAGUAGUGAAGGACUACCUGUUAGCUCAGGAGGAGGAAGGGAAGGCCAGCAGUGGAUUGUCGUCGGACAGCAGCUUUACAGCAGAGAACCCACCCCCGCCUCCUCUGUCAGGAUCACGAUCGGAGACGCUCAUGUCACGCCCUGGAUCAGACUCCUCCUUUAUGCCCCGCGUUCCAAAUAUCCAGGCAGAGCUCAGCUCUUCAAAAUUACCCACUGAGCUCGCCUCCCUGAUGAGGCGAGAGCAGCAGGCUAGGGAGGCUGUCGUUGGAAAGAGACCAGGGUUGUACAGCCAGCUCUCCAAAAGGUACAAAUCUGCACAAAAACCAUCAUCACUGCAACAUCAUCAGGAUCCUGGGGCCCACUUUCAGGAGGAUAGCAGCUCUGAUGAGUCCCGUCUCAGCUCAUUUCUGUCUGUUCCCAGCCCAGCCGGUGGCCUGGUUAAACCUCGAGAUGGCUCCAUACUGGUACAAUCGUCAGGAAUGCUCGAAGAUAGAAAUCUAGGGUUUAAGGCAGAGUCUGUCCUGCCUCCAAUUCUGACUGGACAUAAAACCCGGGACGUCUGCAGGUCACCUCAGUCACCGAGAGCUGAACCAACGUCGCCAGUCGAGAAGAACAAAAGAGCAAAUGUGAAGGAAGCAUUUUCAUAAUGGGUUCAGUUACUGGACUGUAAACAAAGCAGAACAUGUUGGAAAUAUUCUCUUUUGUAAAAGUGAAACAGUUAAAAAAAAAAAAA